GAACAGACCUUCCGGUCCUACACUCCCCAACAAGGCGCGGCCUACGCCCAAUACCGCACGAACUACCACGAAACUCUCUACGCACUCGUCCUGCGCGUCCACACUUCUACUGGCGGCAAACUCAACUCCCUCCUCGACAUCGGCUGCGGCCCCGGCACUGCCACAGCCUCCCUCGCACCACACUUCACAACCGCCCUCGGCCUCGAUGCCUCAGAGGGCAUGAUUGCCACCGCCCGCGAGCUCCACCCCUCUACCACCUCCACCCCCAAUCUCACCUUCGCCGUCUCUGCAGCGGAGAGUCUGGGUGCAAAUCUUGAUCCCCCUGUUGCAAGCAACAGCGUCGACCUGAUCACCGCCGCGACUGCGGCUCACUGGUUCGACAUGCCCGGCUUCUGGCGCGCCGCAGCGCGAGUCGUGAAGCCAGGCGGCAGCGUGGCGCUAUGGACAGGUAAUCAAUUCCGUGUCCACCCCGAUGUGCCGGGCGCGGCGCGCAUCCAGGCCCGGAUGGAUGAGUUGAAUGCGGAGUACUUGCGUGCCUAUUUCGAACCGGGAACGGACGCAGCGCACGGCUUAUAUCGUAAUUUGGGGAUGCCGUGGAGCGUGGAGCCUGCUGUUGAGGAAUUUGAGCGGGAGAGUGUGUUUCGGAGGGAGUGGGUUCCUGGAAAGGAAGGUGUUGGGGAGGAGUUUUUUGAGAGGCGGGUCGAUGAGAGGGUGAGUUUGGAUGUUAUGGAGAGGAUGAUGGGGACGGCGAGUCCGGUGACGAGGUGGAGGGAGGCGAAUGGGGGAAAGGUGGGGACGGAGGAGGAUGUGGUUAGGGUUAUUAGGAGGGAGGUGGAGAGGAUCUUGAGGGAGGAAGGGGUAGAGGAAGGGAAGGAGUGGUUGAAGGCCAGUGUGACUGGGGUUUUGCUUGUUGUUAAGAAGAAG